CUUUGUCUCUCCUCUCUCUAAUUUCUCACCGUUUUCCAUGGCCUUCUUCACUAGAAAGCAACCCCUUCUCAAUUCCCUUCCUCAAUCUCAUUCUCCGUCUUCAUCAUCAUCAUCGUCGUCGUCAUCAUCAUCGUCGUCAUCGCAAAAUCUCUUCAAAUUCAUCAACAAGUUAAGACGAUCAAGAUCCUCCUCCUUAAUUCUUUUCUUCAUCUUCCUCUUCUUUAUCCUCCUCCUUUGUUUUUUAUUCCUCAUCUCCUUCACUCUCCUCUCCUCCAACUCCAACUCCAACUCCACCACCAUCACCAACAGCCUACGCGAAAUCCCCACCGUCAUCGACAGCGAAUUUCAAGAAACCAUCAAAAUCGGUUUAAUCAACAUAAGCACCGACGACAAAGACGAAAUUCACGAUACAUUACAUCUCCUCGGCUUAAUCGAAAACCGAAGAAGUAGAAUCGAGACGGUAACAAUAGAUUUUGAUCGAAUCGAAAAGGAAUUCGAAUGGGAGAGAUUGUUUCCGGAGUGGAUUGAUGAAGAUGAGAAAUACAAAUCAUCGCCGAAAUGUCCGAACAUUCCGAUGCCAAAAACAGAAGAUUACUCUGAUUUAAACAUUGUCGUUUUGAGGAUACCGUGUAAGAGAGGAAUCUUAACGAGUAGAGAUGUAUUUCGGCUUCAGGCGAAUCUUGCUGCGGCAAGAGUGGCGGUGGCGAGUGGGUGGGUGGAGGAGGAAAUAUACCGGACGGUGUACGUUGUGUUUUUGGGAGAAUGUGGAGCGAUGAGAGAGAUUUUCAGGUGUGAUGAUCUUGUGAUUAAGGAUGAUCGAACGGUGGAGAAUGUUUGGGUUUAUAAACCGGAGAUUAAGAGAUUGAAACAAAAAAUUUUAUUGCCUUUUGGAUCAUGCCAGCUUGCGCCUGUUUAUGCUCGGACAGGGAGAGAAGUAUGGAGACACUUCAUGUUACAAAAACCACCAAAAACCAAUUCGACAACAACCCAUUACCACAAACCAAAACAAGCCUAUGUGACAAUCCUCCACUCCUCAGAGGCAUAUGUUUGUGGAGCCAUUGCUCUAGCUCAAAGCCUUCUCCAAACCAACACAUCCAAAGACCUCAUCCUCUUAGCCGACAACUCCAUUUCCCCCAACUCUAUUCAAGCACUCAAGGACGCAGGUUGGUAUGUCAUGAGAAUUGAUCGCAUUCGCAGCCCGUUUUCCGAGAAAGGCUCAUACAACGAAUGGAACUACAGCAAGCUACGAAUAUGGCAGCUGACGAUGUACGACAAAAUCGUGUUCAUUGAUGCUGAUCUAUUGGUUCUUAAAAACAUCGAUCAGUUCUUUGCUCUGCCUCAGCUCUCUGCUGCUGCUAAUAAUAAAAUGAGGUUCAAUUCAGGGGUUAUGAUUGUUGAGCCAUCUGCUUGUUUGUUUGAGGAAUUGAUGGAGAAAAGCUUUGAAUUGAAGUCUUAUAAUGGUGGGGAUCAAGGGUUUUUGAAUGAAGUUUUUACUUGGUGGCAUAGACUUCCUUCUAGAGUCAACUAUCUCAAGAUCUUUCUGAAGGAAAACAGUGAAAAUGAUUCAGAUCCUUAUGCAAUACAUUAUCUGGGGUUAAAGCCAUGGAUGUGUUACAAAGAUUAUGAUUGCAACUGGGACAUGGAAGAUCACCAAAUAUUUGCAAGUGAUUCAGCCCAUGCAAAAUGGUGGCAAAUUUAUGAAUCCAUGCCCACUGAAUUACAACAUUUUUGUGGUCUUACAAAGAAGAUGGAUUCAAGAAUAAGAAAAUGGAGAAGAAUUGCAAGAAAUAACUCCACUUUUGCUGAUGCUCAUUGGAAGAUCAAGAUCACUGACCCUAGACGACACCGUCUCAUGGAUGAUCAUGCUCCCUAAGCUAGCUCACGAAUCAAAUUUUGCCUUCUUCUUACUGUUCUAAUAAUUCUCUCUCUCUUAGUUUUUUUCUUACACAUAUAUAAAAAACACACACAGGGUUUGAACUAAACACACACAGGGUUUGAACUUUAGAUGAUAAAAAAAAAAAAAAAAAACAAUUUGUUGAUGAAAUGAGAAUAAUGUACAGUGGUAUGGAGAAAUUUUGGGAAUUGAUGUAAACUGUAGACUAACUGACUUUUUUUUUUUCUCUCU